AGGUAUGUUUCAAAGAGGUUCCGUUCGCUCCUCGCUACCACCUCCAUCGAAGUUGGGAGCACGUCAAUAUGGACUGAUUGUAGAGGAACAGAUGCGCAAAAGAAGAGAAGACAUGAGGCAAGUGCACGAUCACAGACGAUUCGAAGGAGAAACACGACUCGGGAACGAGUACCAAGAGACCAAAAAUUCCAUGUUCAACUGCAUUUCAAAUGGAAUGCUUUAUAUGGAUCAAAUUGCGAAGGUUAUUUGGAAUCUUAAACAGCGAAGAGUUCUGAAUCAAAAGGCCUACGAUGAGUUUGUUAACUCGGACGAAGCAGCGACAGCAGUGUCAAAGUUUGAUGGUCUGUACAUAUCAGGUGACGAACGGGAUAUUUGGUACAACAUCAUGGCAAACAGACUCCAGUGCGAAAUAAACCGCGCACUCAUAAACAGAAACGCCAAGAAGGAGAACGUACAAGGUUACUACAUACUCCAGGAGGUGGAAUUGGUUCCAGAAACUACCACGAUUAUUAAUGAGGAGCCCGGAAUCGAGAACCUGAAAAAGUGAUGAAGAUCGAAAUAAUCAAUGGGAUAUUAUAAUAUAUAGAGAUAUAUCAACCAAAACCGGUACUUAUGUAGUCACAAUGCUAAUUGGAAGCAUUUUGAUAGUUAUCUAGCAUUUGUCUGACAAGAGGAUUUGAUAAGGAUCGUUUUUCUUUUGCUAUCUUCUUACCCAGG